AUGGAGGCUGUAUGCAAGGAGAUAGCCAAGGAGACGAUCAAGUUUGGCCCAGGGGAUGAAGAGAAAUGGCGCCUCCUCUUUGAGCCCCUUAUCACCACUGGCCCUGCCAACAUUACAGUUCAUCGCGACCAGCGCUAUGGGCCCGCCUCAAGGAAUCUCCUUGACGUAUUCGUGCCCCCAUUCCCUGACCCUCAUAAACCUGUUCUUCUUUACAUACACGGCGGCGGGUUUACUUCUGGUGACAAGGCCUGGUCACCCAUCGUCUACUCGAAUGUUGGAUUCCACUUUGCCUCGCGUGGCAUAGUCACCGUCGUUGCCAACCAUCAACUUGUACCCGAUGUCGUCUACCCAGGCGGCGCAGAGGACAUUCAAUUAAUCCGUGAAUGGAUCUACAGUGACAUCGCCGAUGAGAAAUUCGGACGGGGCAGCCCCGAAAAGGUCGUGCUGUUUGGCCACAGCUCCGGCGGCGCCCACAUUGCCAUGAACCUGUACGCCGCUGGGGACCCGGAACGACCCCAGCGCCAGGCGCUACACCCACCCGUUGCGGGCGUCAUCUACCUCGACUGCCCCUUCUGGAUGGACACGAGGAAGCCCGGCCGGCAGUUCAGCCUCGGCGCUUACUUUGGAAGCUUCGCCGACGAGGUAUGGUAUCCCAAAGGUCCCCUCGGGCUCUUUGAACGCCUACCAGAUCACUCGCCGGUUCUGGAUAGUCGAAAGCUGCCUGUAUUCCUGGGCACCGUGGAGUGGGAGGUGCCCGAGACGAGCGAGGCGACGAUGCGAUUCUUCAACGCGUACCGGAAGAGGAGUCGGCCGGAGGGGACUCUGCCGCUCAUGAGAGUAUUUCCUGGGCACAAUCAUCUGAGUUGUGUUUUAAGCGUGGGCACGGAAGACGGAUCAGUGAGUGGACCGCUGGAAGAGUUUGUGCUCAACUGCUGCCGGGGUGAGGAGUGA